GCAUUGCCUACUACUUGUGGCUUGCUGCACUGAGCACCACCACUGAGCCCGUGCUUCGUUUCACCUCUUUGUAAACACUACGACUGGUGGCUCCCACUCCCAACUCGAUACACUCGCGCGACUCCCGGUGCCAGACAGCACCCUCAUCGUCAUCCUACAUAAUGUCUCUCACCGACUCCGAGUUGGAGCUGGUCAGCUCUGAGCUGCGGGGUAACAGCGACGACAUUCCAGAAGAGCCCGACAUGAUACUCUCAUCCGACGCCGAUAACGCCGAGUCGUUCGUUCCACCACCGCGCAUUGCGGCGCGCUUCUAUCGGCACUCAGCGAACCGCCGCAAGUCGUCUGCGACGUCGUCGCGCCGCAACUCGAUAUCCUCGACACAUUCACACACAUCGAAUCGAUCGUUCCGCAACAGCUGCCAAAGCCACCAGGUAGCCCAGCACCUUCGCCGCGCUUCCAUACUCGAAGACCGGAAGGCAAGAUUGGCAGAUCGGGCAGCACAUGCCGAGCAGGUCAGACUGCGUGCUGCCCUGGCCAAGGCCGCCCCGCGUGGCUCAAACAGUGAAGAGCGAGCCCUUGCAGCAAAACAAGCCCGCGAGAAGCAUCUCGCCCAAGUUGCUGCCUCCUGUGCCGAAGAGGUUAGAAGAGCCAAGAAGAUUGCUGAAGACAUGAAAGAGCGCAAGGCCGCUGAGGAGCGUAGAUAUCGUAUAGAAAUGGAGGAGAAGUUGGCAGAGGCUGAAAAGAGAAGAUUGGAAUACAAACGCAAUCCCCGACGACCGAGAACUGCCAGUUCACCUCCGGCCAGCCUCAAACCACGCACCCAGCGUCCCGUUUUAUCCACCGAAGAUGCAGCCAAAAGAAUUCAAGUGGCCUGGAGAAGCAAGGUUAGGCGUGACAUUGUCAGAGAAUGGCUGAAACUUGGUCUGUCCAUCGAGAUGGUUCAGGAGACUAGUUUCGACGUCAUCACAGGCAUGCUCGCAGACGAGAAGCUGUUGAAGACGACUGAUAGGAUCAUGACCUUGUUUGUGCUACUCCCAGAUGCAGAUCCAGCCCCCCGUAGCGCCGCUGUUAGGACCUUCCUCUCUUCAUAUCUUAUCCUGGGACACCCCACCCAUGUCUUCAGCCGAGAUGGUGACCAGGAACAGGAUCUGAUUACCAAAGCCAAGGACCUCGUCAUCAGCUUUGAGUCUGCUUUGACCAAACUGACAAAGCUCAAUGCCUACACUCCAUCGCCCACACGCACAGAAACUGUUUUGCUAGCCCACAGCGCAUUCGUUGCUGCUUUCAACGAUUGGAAAUCUCGUGAUUCGUCGGCGCUUGUUGAAACCAUGGUUGCCUCGUUUGUCAGCCUGGACGAGAUAUGGCAAAGCGUCAAGGAUGCGACGGUCGAUGAAGUCGCCAAUGAGUACAGAAACGGCAUUCGGGACAAUCAAGCUAUAUUGCUUAGCAAGAUCAAGAAGCUGGCCGGCCCCGACAAAGCCCUUAUGCUGAUCAGGAAGGCUAUACGCGAAAGCCGAAGGUCGAAGCCAAAGAAGAGGCCCGCAGGUGAUACAGUUCGACCACGUGUGGCCGGCGAGUCCACACCAGACUCUCCCCUAUCAGCCGAAAGCGCUGCCAAACAGGCAGAGGCUGCUUCUGAAUUGGCGGCUUCCGGGCAGGCUAAGCCUGAAGACCCCACUACGCAGGGUCACCAAGCCCAGUCGCUAUCCAAGGUCUUUACAGUGGUACCCGACAACCGCAUACUGGUUCACGAGUUGUCAAUUGACAAGGAGUACCGCAUCGAUCCUUCACCGACUGCUGACCUGCGCGACGCUCUCAAUCGUGAACUGUGUGACGCAAUGCGACGGGGAUUUGAGGAGGGCGAUAGUGCAAACUGGACCACUGCUAUGGCGGAAAACAUACGCGGCAAGCUGUUACGGCUGCUGAAGCCUGGCAACUCUAUGCACACCCUCAUUUCCGAGACCCUUGAUCCAGAGCAUGUCAACCGGCAAUGCAGCCAAGGUGUCUUCUCAUACGGCAAAUUCUUCAACUUUAUUGCCAGCAUCCUGCCCAAGCUAUGUGCACCGUUCCGAGACACUGAGGUUCAAGCGCUUGCUGAAGAACUAAAGGAGGAGGGAGACCUGUCGAGCAUGAUUGAGAAGUUGUUCAAGAUCCUUCACAUCAUCGACCUGCUCUCACUAGACUACUCAAACUUCCUAUUGAUGAAUGCCGCUCCUACACUGAUCAAGGAGGCUGUUGGCUACGAACAACGCAUGUUCACGCAGGAUCUCGAGGAAAAUAAGAUCACUCUUGACCGCACACGCCGCUGGUGGCGCAGUGCAGCAGUCAACAUGCACACCGAGGCUGAUCGCCGUGACCCGUGGAGCCAGGCCAAUCCCCUCAAUCGACCCACUGCGCACAAAAUAUAUGCCCGUGGUUUGGUCGAUCUGGCAAUCGCAACUCCACCUCUUCGGGAGUCUGAGCUACCAGAGACACUCGAACUGGACCGAGCCCGGAUUGCCCGGAUCCGCGAGGACGCGCUUCGUAUUACGACUAUUGGAGGAAUCCUCCUUACAGCUAAGAAUCUACUUAAACGGGAUGUGCGGUCACAGUGGAAAUCCGAAGCUAAUAAGAUGUGGCUGGUGCUCAAGGAAAACGGCUACAUGUCUGACGCUUCGACGCCGGGUAAAAUCUCAUCCCUCCUCGAGUCAUCGCGCAACAUGCCCCCCUCGACACGCUCGCAGCUCUCGUCGACCAUCACAAGGCUCCUCACGCAAGCCGAGGCCGGCAAACUUUCCGACCCCGUGCUAAAGGUCCUUUUCCAGCGCCUCAAGACGCACAUUUUCAACCGCGUUAGCGCUAGUAGUUCGGGCGAGCGAGUCAGAGCUGCGAGUACGGCGACCGAAGGUCUCGCGACCACGGGUUUACCGGAGUUUGUGUCUCAAGUGGCGGAUAUUUGCGAGCAGCUGAGCAAAGUGGGCGAGGUCGAUCGCAAGUGCCAUGGCAAGUGGUACGAAGAGAUUGCAGAGGAGAUGGAGAGGUUGGGGGUGGAAGGGGGUGAGGAGCUUGUGCGCUCGCGGAGCGUGGAGAGUUCUGGUGCUGCGUCUUCGUCUUCGUCUUCUUCGUCUUCGGUGUGAGACGUGAGAUGUGAGACGGAGGACGUUUUUUCUUGGAAAGGUGGAAGGGGAUUAAUGGGAUGAUGUGGGGAUUUGGCGUUUCGUCUUUUCUCUCCUUCUGUCUCUUUUCCGAGUCUUUCAAGGGGCAUUCUUUUUCUCUCUUUCGCUCUCGGGAUGGAUGGGGGUUCUAUGCUGUUCUCUUGUUCAUGCCACUUUUUUUGUCGUUGUUUACUUGCGAGGCGCUGCAGGUGUUUUUUCUUCUUUUUCUUCUUCCU